AUGCUAGCGACAGCAUGCGUGAGCUUUGCUCUGGUGGCUCCAUGUCUGGCAGACGAAUUUCAGACACCUCUAGACUCCCAUGCAGACUCGGGAUUGCAAUGGAAGGAGUGCGGUGAGGUCAAUAAUCACACUCUCCAAUGUUCUCAAUUGAAUGUCCCAAUGGAUCAUUUCAACCCGUCGUCCGAAAAGACCUUUUCGAUCCCCGUCAUCAGAAUGCUCGCCAAGAACGCAUCUGCCACUGGAGAUAGGCACAUCUUUCUGAAUCCCGGGGGCCCUGGAGCCAGUGGAGUGGGCUUUCUUCGGGGAUCUGCCUCGCAUCUGAAUAAACUCGUCGGGGAAGGCUUGCACUUACUGAGUUUUGAUCCUCGUGGUGUACGCGGAUCGACACCGCCAGCCGUAUGCUACGCGAGCAAUGCCCAGCGUGCUGCCGCGUUUGCCAGCAACCCCUGGGAUUUUGAGUACCAAGCUGGCGAGAUGUACACCAGGGCCGAGAAUAAAGCAAAGGCCUGUGUAGACAUGAUGGGCGAGUAUGGGAAAUACAUAAACACUCCUCAGACAGCUUCUGAUAUGACCUCUAUCCUCGACGCUAUCGGGCAGCAGAAGAUGUACUACUGGGGCCUUAGUUAUGGAACCAUACUCGGUCAGACAUAUGCGCAAAUGUUCCCAGAACGGAUCUCGCGAAUGGUAAUCGACGGCGUUAGUAACUUGAAUGAUUGGUACAACUCCUUCCACUUCGACGAGUCGUUUAUCGACACGGACAAGACUUUUACCGGCUUUAUCGAAGAGUGCUUCAAAGCCAGAGAAGCUUGUCCGUUGUAUUCAAUCCGAGGAGGGCAUUUCCGGUCGGCUGGCCAGCUUCAGUCCUAUAUCGACGACUUUCUACGCAGGCUAGAAGAAGAGCCCAUUCCCGUUUACUUGAACAGCACCAACUACGGGGCCAUUACCCGACGGAGUCUAGUGACCAACGGGAUAUUCUUCGCCCUGUACAAGCCAAAGACCUGGCCCCUUCUUGCACAGAACCUGGCUGACCUUCUCAACGGCAACUCAACCCCUGCUUACAACGCAUACUCCGAGUCAUGGCUCACGGAUUUCCUGGUGGACGACUCACCUACCUUUGUUGUCAUGAACGAUAACCGGAAAUCUGGGCCGGACGCCCCAGUUCACGGCAUCAAGCCGGUCCGCAAUCAUACCCUCUCCAGUCCGGAAAGGUCGGUGUUGAUAUCGAGAUAUCAAGGAUCUGACAUCUACGAUCGGGCCUCCUGGUCGAUUCCAACUACCCAUGACUUCCACCCUCGAUACCGCCCUGAAUUUCCCCGGACAAAGACCGCUGAGCCAAUACUCGUCCUAUCGACGACGUGGGAUCCUGUGUGCCCAUUGGCAUCCGCCAAGGAAGCUCAGGAUAGCUUUGAAGGGGCUCGCCUCUUGGAGCAGAAAUCGUACGGCCACUGUACCCUCAGUAUGCCUUCGCUCUGCACUGUAGGAUAUUUGAGGCGGUAUUUCAAUGAGGGAAUACUCCCUGAAGCUGGAGCGACGUAG